AUGGCUCUCUGUAGCUAUAUAACGCUAGUUGGUAAGGUGACCCCUUGCGGGCGAUCUCCUGAUUAUCCUGGUCAGGUGGAAUGCAUUACACUCGAGGAUUGCACGAAAGAUGUAACUGGACAUCUAUCGACUCUUGGACUGAGUGCAGAUGAAGGUUCUAGAACUGAAAUGAAGCUGCUAUUAGCCAGAGCCGGUAAAUAUUGAUUUUGUGUGUUUUCAGGUAACUUUAUUGUGCUUAUGAAUGAGUGCUGCAACAGAUUUAAUUGGUGUUAUAUUUUUUACAGGUGUUUUCUCAUCUGAGCAAAAACAUCUUACCCUGACUAUUUGCCCACGCCAUAGGGCAGACUUUGGCGUACGUUGGAGGACUAGGAAAACUCUUUGUGCAAUCCCAAGGAUCUAGCGACACAUAAGUCCUCAAGUGCCAAAGGAUGCAACCGUGUGGAUAGCCGAAAAUCGAUGUAUAUUUUUUGCAACACCAACACCUUAGUUCCAGUUGGGUCGCGUAAGUUGAAUAGCUUCUGUUGAUAAAUGUUCUCAUGAAAUUGCUUUUUCUCACGUUUAUUUGUAAUACCUUACACAAAAAAAAGCACUAUAAGUUUCAACUUUCUCAAGCUAGCAAAUUUUAUAUUUGUGAGGAAACUGCAAUUUAUAUUGCCAACGUUUUUUUCUCGUCUGAGUAGCUGAUAAUCCAUUGAUUGAUGACAGAUUGAUUACUUUAUACCUAGAAAUAGUAAUUGAUAUGAGUUAUUUACUUUGCUUUUUUUUAAUAAAAGCAAUUUGUAGGCGAUGCGACGAGUUUAUCUGCAGGCAAGUUGCAGAUGAACAGACGCCGGCGGAGGGCGCUGGAGCAAGUACUGUGUCUACCCCUAAAGAGCCUCGAGUGGUGCAGAUACCUGAACAACAGACAAUGGUAAGCUUCAAAUAUGAAUUGAUGAUCUCAAUCUUGUUUUUAAAAGGAAAAGAGUCAUUUUAGAAGAGCAUAGAAAUUGGAAAAAAAUCGAGGAAGAAAAAAACACGUGACAAACACAAACACAGCGUGACAAACACAGUUGUUAAUCUGGGACAAGGCUCCUUCGUUUACCAGUAAAACUCACUGCUUUUCGGUCACUUUUUUUAUAUGAGGGGUGGGGAAGGGGAGCGGUGCUAUGCCGCACUUUGGUAGGCUAAUUCCUGUCCCACAUUUGUUUGUUUUCUGGAUGUCCCGAAACAGUACCUGGUGCUGCUGAGAUUGUUUAUUACCCGAAACUGAUUCCCUACAAACAUAUACAAAGAAAUCGGUUUUAGAGAUUUGAUGCUUAUAGAGCAAACCUUUUCGUAGGUUCAUGAGAUGGAAACAGACCGUCCAGGAGAGGAACCAAGUGCUGGCAGUGAGUCAUCUUCUGAUGGUCUAGAGACGGACUUGAUGUUUCUGGAAAUAUCAUCCCAGGGGUUGAAGGAUGACGAGACGUUUCUCAGUCCCGAUACUGCAAGCCUCGUCUCCUCAACGAGUGAAGAGAGCAUCACCUCAAAGCCAAAUUCCCGUGAAAAGUUGAACGAGUAUCUGGUGUCCAAAAACAUUGAACCUGUCUCUCAACCUUGGGUUGAGUGGGAAAAGGCCAGUGACAGCACUAAGCUUCGGUAUACUAGACGAACCGCAGAGAUUUUUUUCUUCUGUGCUCCACGACCUAACACCCAGUUGUGCAGGUUCUCUUUGGCAAGCAGUCGUCUCUUAUCCUGCCAUGAACAAAGCACUCGGGCUGGACGAACUCUCCGAAACUUCCAAAUGCUACCUCCAGGUCUUAGCUGA